AUGACCGGAAAUCCCCACCACGGCAAACACCAUUCCUCCAAAGAGGUACCAGACGUCGUUGAGCAGCAGAAGCACGGCAAUAACGACGGUCUGGCCGACCUCGAGUCCGUUGACUCCAGCGAGGAUGUUGACGGAGUUGGGACAGAAGAUGCUGACCGACGCCAUGUACAGGUAGUACACGAAGCCAAGGUCGACCGAGUUGGACGUGAGUCGAAGCCAGUUUCUGAGCACGUUGGGGAUCAAAAUGGAGGUGAUUCCGAAAUCGACGUAGUAGACAAUCAGCAGCGGGAUCGACGCAAUUGCAGGCAGAAAGAACUUGUGGCGCCAUCUGAUGUCAAACAGGUCGUCCAUGAGUCCGAGCAGGAUCAUCGACUGCAAACAAAGCAGACAACUGAGAUAGGGUGA